GCUCCAUAAUUGAGGUUUACUAUUUCUGCUAUCAUAAGUCAAUUUUUAAUCAGUUUUAUCUGAAAAUAAGAAAAGCCAUUGUAAAACAUUGAGUGUGCACGAAUGUGUUUUAAGUCUGAAGAUAAAAAGGUAAAACUAAGUCUUCUAUAGCAUCAUGUAGAAAUAAUCAAAUCAUAUUGACUGAAAGGCACUAAAUGUUUCGUGUCCUACUCACUAGAGUUUGUGUAUGUAUACCUUCAUGAGCAAGCAUCUAGCAAGUAGCUGGUUUCCCAAAGUGUCUAGUACAUAAUCCCUGUCCUCAAGUAGCUCACCUCUUGAAAAAAGGACAGAUUGGCAUAAAACCAGAAGCAAUCAUAUUUUCAGGGCAAUCACAGUUGUGUGCAUUAAGUCUUUGUGGAAGCACAGAGAUGGGACAGCCUCAAUGCUUGGUUCUGGAUUGCAGAGUGCUGAUUCUGUUUAGGAUUUUAAAGAAGUGUAAGAAACAAGUUUUGUUUAUUUUGGUCCUUCUUUGGUGCUCUUAUGCCUCACCUUUAAGGGAAAGCAAAAUGGAUUAUUUUGGUGGUCCCAGAGGACAACCAGGAGUUUUCCUUUGGUUCCUAAUAUUGCGUGGGGGUUUUGUCGGAGGUAAGAGACCUACAGCAGAGCUGCAUCUGGCAUAGGGAAAUGAACACAGCUCCUGCUAGAAACAUUUUUUUGUCAAGGGUUUAGUUUUUAAGUCUUCCCAGAAAUAAAUGAGAAUCUCAAACAUUUGAAUGGUUCUCUAGCUCCAGCUUAUGUUUGAAACAACAAACAAAAUGAAAGAAAACUUAAAAAUUUAAAUAAGUCACUCAAAGAAAGGUUUUAUGACUAUAUAUAGACACACCAGAAUUAGAUACUAUCAUUUGAGUCCGCCACACGGUGGCGCUGCAGGCUAAAGAGCUGGGAACAAAAUGAACACUGAUCAUUCCCGAAAUCAUUAAUACAAGAAAGGAAGGUGGGGACAGAUGGUCUGUGAAGAAAAGCUGUAGCGGUUCAAAUAUCCAAAUCCUUGGAUAAGGGAAAACAAUCUAGUUCCCUGCUCCUACACAGCUUAGUUCCGAGGUCUGACUUGCGUUUACGCUGGGUGCAGUGUUCCUGACUGACAUUGGCUGAAGGAGAAGCUAUGGAGGCCAGAGGGUUGCGCUUCUUGAGACCAAGGCAAGUCCUCUUUCUCUUUCUGUUCUGGGGAGUGUCCUUGGCAGAUUCUGGGUUUGGACAUUAUUGGGUAACAGAGGAAACAGAAAGGGGCUCCUUUGUGGUCAAUCUGGCAAAGGAUCUGGGACUAGGGCAGGAGGAGCUGGCUGCCAGGGGAGCCCGGGUGAUUUUUGAGGAUAGCAAACAACACUUGCUCCUGGAUUCCCAUACUGGGAAUUUGCUCACAAAUGAGAAGCUGGACCGGGAAAAGCUGUGCGGCCCCACAGAGCCCUGUAUGUUAUAUUUCCAAAUUUUGAUGGAUAACCCUUUUCAGAUCUACCGGGCUGAGUUGAGAGUGAGGGAUAUAAAUGAUCACUCACCAGUGUUUCGGAACAAAGAGAUGGUCUUAAAAAUAGUAGAAAAUACAAUGGAAGGAACAGCAUUUCGACUAGAAAGAGUGGUCCUGGACAUCAAUGACAAUGCCCCGCAGUUUGCCCAGGUGCUCUAUGAGACCCAGGUUCCAGAAGAUAGCCCAGAAGGAUCCCUUAUUGUUCAAGUCUCUGCAGGAGAUGUAGAUUCUGGAGUCAAUGGAGAAGUAUCCUAUUCAUUUUUUGAUGCUUCAGAAGAUAUUCGAACGACCUUUCAAAUCAGUCCGUCUUCUGGAGAAAUCAUUAUCAGAAAUUUGCUUGAUUAUGAGUUAAUAAAGUCUUACAAAAUAAAUAUACAGGCCAUCGAUGGUGGGGGCCUUUCUUCAAGGUGUACAGUUUUGGUGGAAGUUCUGGACACCAAUGACAAUGCCCCUGAACUGAUCAUGUCAUCACUUUCCAAAUACAUUGCUGAGAACUCUCCUGAGACUGUCCUGGCAGUUUUUAGGAUUAAAGACCCAGACUCUGGAGACAAUGGAAGAGUGAUGUGUUCCAUCCAGAACGACCUGCCCUUCGUCCUGAAACCUUCUGUGGAGAAAUUUUACACCUUAAUGUCGGAAGGACCUCUGGACAGAGAGAGCCAAGCCGAGUACAACAUCACCCACUCCUGGGCGCUGCCCGAGGCCGCCCCGGCGCAGGCGCAGGCCGACUCGCUCACCGUCUACCUGGUCAUCGCGCUGGCGGCGGUGUCGUCGCUCUUCCUGCUGUGUGUGCUGCUGUGCGUGGCGGCGCGGCUGUGCAGGAGGGCCAGGGCGGCCUCGCUGGGGGGCUGCUCGGUGCCCGAGGGCCCCUUCCCGGGCCACCUGCUGGACGUCAGCGGUACUGGGACCCUUUCUCAAAAUUAUCAGUAUGAAGUUUACCUAGCUGGAAGCUCUGAGAGGAGCGAGUUUAAGUUUCUUAAACCAAUACUGCCCAACUUUUUGGAUGAAGGGCCCAGUAGGGACCACGAGGCAAACGCCAACCUUGGGAAUCAUUUCGGAUUGAAUUAGGAAUCUAACUUUGACAACGUGAUAAACCAUAUUCUCUGCUCUAUCUACAAACCCUCAACCCUUUCAUUCACAUAAAGAACUUACGUAUGCACACAUUAGUAAUUAUUGUCAUAUUAAUUAGAUUCCCUGUUUGUAGUUGUUGGCCAACUUUAACAUUGCAUGUACCCACAAUGGCUGACAAAUUGUGUUGUUUAGGGUUGCUUUUUUUUUCUCUCGUUUUUUAGUUUUUUAGCUAGAUUUUUGGAAGUCACAGAUGUUUUCAGGUUACUGUUACUUGGGCUUGUUCAUUGAUAUUUGGUUAUGGUUAAGAGAAUUGUACUCCAAACUUUCUGAUUUUCAUUUUCAUUAAUCUAACUGUGGUAAAUAAUGCCAUUCAUUUUCAAAAUAAUUUUGUUUAUGCAAAUGUUUCAUCUUGUAAAUGGUUGCAAUUUUGUUGUGUUUUUUUCAAAAACACUCUGUCUUUCCUCAAACUAGCUAA